GUCACCUCACGUGUGCGCAUCCUUACAGUCAACUAUUUAUUUAUUUAUUUAAAUUAAUUGUGUAUAGUGAUUAGUGUUGUGAUAAUAGUGAUUUUAAUUUUAAAAGAAUAUAAGCUUCACACAACAUGAUAAGAGAUCCAGAGCCAUGUGCGUGUCCCAUACAGGAGGUGGGACCCUCAAUGCUGCCAUCGUGUCCGAACCAGUUCCUUCUCUUCAUGACGAUCCUGGAAGCCUACAUCAAUGGCCGUUGUGACCUGGCAGACCCUUGCAACAGAGUCACCAGUAGAGACCCGCCUGAUGACAACUAUGAUUUCGUGGUUAUUGGAGGUGGGACGGCUGGGUCAGUGAUGGCUGGAAGACUGUCUGAAAAUCCUCAAUGGAAGGUCCUACUGUUAGAAGCUGGUGGUGACGAGCCGACACAGUCUGGCGUUCCAGCGUGGGUGACAGCUUACUGGUCGCGGGAUGACACCGACUGGCAAUACUACACAGAGCCACAGGAACGAGCCUGUCUGGCUGACGGGGGCAAGUGCUAUUGGCCGAGAGGGAAGAUGUUAGGUGGUUGUUCAGUAAUAAACGGAAUGAUGUACAUGCGAGGUCAGCCAGCAGACUACGAUGGAUGGGCAGUCAACGGAGCCACGGGCUGGUCGUGGUACGACGUGCUGCCGUACUUCCUAAGGAGUGAGGAUAAUAAAGAGAUAGGAAAUGGCGUGUCUGCUCAGUACCAUAGUCGAGGAGGACCUUUGCCGGUGCAGAAGUUCCGUUACGCGCCCCAAUUCGCUCACGACGUGGUGUCCGGAGCCAUCGAACUGGGCUACCCGCCCACUACUGACCUCAACGGAGAGACCAUGACUGGCUUCACUAUAGCACAGGCACUUAAUGAUGGUGGUACCCGCUACAGUACAGCCCGUGGUUACGUCCGACCUGCUUCGAAGAGAGCCAACCUGCAUGUAGUGUUCAACGCUCUUGGAUCCCGUGUCGUGGUAGAUCCACUCACCAAGAAAGUUACUGCUGUGGAGUAUAUCAAGGAUGGAGUCACCAAUACUGUUGUGGUUAAUAAGGAGGUAAUCCUCAGUGCCGGUACGCUGAACACUCCAAAAAUUCUGCUCCUUUCUGGUAUCGGACCUAAGGCAACGCUAGACAAGUUCAAUAUCCCCACGAUCCAGGAUCUGCCAGGAGUGGGUCAGAAUCUGCAGAACCAUGUUGGAGUAACCCUGGACUUCACCUUGACUAAGGAGGCUAAUGCCGCUGGUCUGAACUGGGAUGUCGCUACCGAAUAUUUGCUGAGCAGAUCUGGACCCUUGUCUAGCACUGGAAUGUCUCAGCUCACCGGUAAAGUAAACUCGCGCUAUGCAGCAGCCGGUGGUCGUCACCCAGACGUGCAGUACUUCUUCGGAGGGUACUACGCAUCAUGUGGCAAUGCAAUCGUCAUUGAUCCUAAGUCUCUCGACGAAGAAGCCGAGAGAAGGCAUAUCACGAUCUCGGCGAUAGCUCUUCACCCGCGCAGUCGUGGGUACCUCACGAUUCGGUCGGUGGACCCGGCAGAGCCGCCGUUGAUGCAGCCAAACUACUUCUACGACGAACACGAGCUGAACGUGCUGGUUGAUGCCGCUAGGAUCGCUUAUAAACUUGCUAAUACAACUAUUCUCCGAGAGAAAUACGGCAUGGUGCCAACAGAAGGAUACGGCAGCCAGUGUGAAGGUGGUGGUCGGGACCCGAGCGACGAUUUCUUCAAAUGUCUGGCACAACAACAUACUGCGCCAGAGAACCAUCAAGUGGGCACCUGCAAGAUGGGACCUGAGACUGAUCCUAUGGCCGUGGUCGAUAUGCAGCUCAGAGUUCAUGGGAUACAAGGUCUUCGUGUUGCUGAUGCUUCUAUAAUGCCAACGUUACCCUCAGGUAACACAAUGGCACCCGUAAUAAUGAUAGCGGAGAGGGCAUCAGAGUUCAUAGUGACACGUCAUCAGCUUUCGAAGAAGUCACCAGGACAAGUGGACAAUAGAUUCGGCAGUGAUGGCUCACAGAACUCGGAGGAUGUCAGUGGAAACUAUGCCAGCAACGAGCGACCAGACGGACAAGCGCAUCAUUGGCAUCACGGUCCCGGCGGUUACAACGGCUACCCCGGUUACCACGGACCCGCUCCGAAGCAACCCGAAAACCAAACCAACAAGAACUACCGCUGGGAACACAGAUGGAAACCAUGGGACAAAACCUCGCAACCAGAUUGGCAGAAUAAGAACCAAGAUUGGCACAAAAACUGGCAACAUAAUGACAAACAUAGUUCCCGAUAGAUUGUAGCUUAGGUUUAGAAAUAAAAUAAGUAUUUAAUUAAGAAAAAUAUUCGUUUUA